CUCGACCAGAGCCAGGAAGCACUAGCUGGAGGAAAAAAGGAGCGCUGUGGACAGGUCUGCUCGGCCCUCAGAGGCUCAGCCCGUGCUCAGGAGGUCGUCGCUUCGUUGCGCAGGCUAGACGAUGGGGAGAGCUGACCCAGAGGAAGGGCAUCUCCCAGCUCCUGUGAAGCCCCCAGAUGGUGGCUGGGGCUGGAUCGUGCUCUUUGGCUGCUUUGUGAUCACUGGCUUCUCCUAUGCCUUCCCGAAAGCCGUCAGUGUCUACUUCAAGGAGCUCAUGAAAGAUUUCCAUGUGGGCUACAGUGACACAGCCUGGAUCUCCUCCAUCAUGCUGGCCAUGCUCUAUGGGACAGGACCAGUAUGCAGCAUCAUGGUGAACCAGUUUGGCUGCCGGCCCGUGAUGCUCAUCGGCGGGCUGCUAGCUUCUUCUGGGAUGAUCCUGGCAUCUUUUACCACCAAUAUCAUUGAGCUUUAUCUGACAGCUGGCGUGCUGACAGGUCUGGGUAUGGCGUUGAACUUCCAGCCCUCACUGAUCAUGCUGGGCACUUACUUUGACAAGCGUCGGCCUCUUGCCAAUGGACUGGCUGCUGCUGGGAGCCCUGUCUUCCUUUCCUCCCUCUCUCCACUGGGGCAGGUGCUGCUGGAGAAGUUUGGUUGGCGAGGAGGGUUCCUUAUCAUGGGGGGCCUUCUGCUUAACUGCUGCACUUGUGGGGCAGUCAUGAGACCCCUGGAUAUGGGCAUGAAGCGGAAGACGGAGAAGGCUCAGGACAAAUAUGAAGCCAAGGAGAUGCUGCCCAUAGGAGGGAAAUCAGAGGAGGGAAUCAGCACCACUGAUGGAACCAAGAAAGCCAAGAAAGCCAAGAAGAAGCCCAGGAAAGGAAAGAAGCUUUUGGAUUUUAGUAUCUUUUCCAACCGAGGGUUUAUCAUCUACACUAUUUCGAAAUUCAUCCUGGUCUUGGGUCUCUUUGUGCCCCCCAUAUUGCUGGUCAACUACGCCAAGGACACAGGUGUACCAGACACAGAGGCUGCAUUCCUGCUCUCCAUCAUUGGUUUCAUAGACAUCUUUGCCCGCCCGGCCUGUGGCAUGGUGGCAGGGUUGAAGUGGGUCCGCCCUCACGUGUCGUACCUCUUCAGCUUCGCUAUGCUUUUCAACGGCUUGACAGACAUCUGCAGCGCCAGGGCUAGCAAUUAUACGGGGCUGGUCAUCUUCUGUGUCUUUUUUGGCAUCUCUUAUGGCAUGGUGGGAGCACUGCAGUUUGAGGUGCUGAUGGCCAUCGUUGGCUCCCAGAAGUUCUCCAGCGCCAUCGGACUGGUCCUACUCAUCGAGGCUUUCGCUGUGCUCAUCGGUCCACCGUCUGCAGGCCGCUUGGUUGACGCUCUCAAGAACUACGAGGUGAUCUUCUACCUGGCGGGCUCAGAGGUGGUGCUCUCUGCUGUCUUCCUGGCCAUGGCCACCUACUGUUGCCUGAACCGAGGGAAGAAGAAGGAGCCUCCCCCAGAGAAGAACCCCCCAGGUGGCGGGAGUGACACUGAGGAAGCAGAGUCUGACGUGCAGGAAGCCGAGGAGCACAGCAGCGACAACCACCAGCCAACCCACAACACCGACAAUGCCAUGAUGGCGGCCAGCGAGGAGGCCAACCAUGUGGCAGAGGAGCAGAGCGGGGAGGGAGGCGGGUGUCCCCAGGGGGACGGGGAGGUCUUGGCACGAGAUGGCUGCAACACUGACCAGACGGUGGAGAGGGACAGUUUUUAGCCAGGGCAGAG